AUGGCAAAUGAUGUAGAGGAAAAUCCUGGACCCACAAUAUAUGAUGUGGUUGAUCCAACUAAAACAAUAUGUGCAGAUUUUAGUCAGGGAAAUACAAAAAAGUUUCGACAAAAUGCUGGUAAACAAUGUUUAGCAAUGUCUUUGACUGCGAUAAUAUAUAAUCAUAUCACAAAUGCAAAUGCAUGGGAUUCAACUGUAUUAAAUUCCAUACUGUGUGCUGGAAAUAACCUUUAUUCUUUUAUAAGCAAUUCUGUUAAGAAAAGCUAUUUGCUUUUAACUGACGUGCCUGAAAUGGUUUCGGUUUUUGAUGGCAUUUAUUGUAUGCAAUAUGGUGAACCGUUUGCUGGUGACUUAUUCAUGGCAAAUACUGCUCUACCUUAUUAUUCUAUAGAGAAUGCUCUUAAUAAUCUGUUUAUGGAAAAUUAUCAACAUUGUAUGUUGACGAUUGGUUGUAAUACUGUUGCAAUUUUUAAGACUUCUGAAGGAACCUUUAAAGUAUUUGAUUCUCAUUCAAGAGAUUUAUAUGGGAUCCCACACCCUUUUGGAAAAUGCAUAUUAGCAUCCGUUGAUAGUAUAGAAAGCCUGGUGAUAUAUUUCCAGAGUACCAUACCUCCGGGUAAUGAAACACCCUUCGAAGUUAAAGGAGUAACUGUUCAGUUAAAUUCUGAUAUAACACAAAUAAGUGGACUUGCUUCAAGUGAAAGUGCAAAAGAGCAUGUGAAACAAAAGUAUUCAGAAUUAACUGAGAGUCAGAAACAGACUAGACUUGAAAAUGCUAGAAAGUAUAAAAAAGCAAAGCAAGCAGCAGAAACUGAAACUGAAAAACAAACUAGACUUGAAAAUGCUAGAGAGUAUCAAAAAGCAAAACGAGCUUCAGAAACCGAGAAUGAGAAACAAACUAGACUUAGAAAUGUUAGAAAUUAUGAAAAAAGAAAACAAGGACAGGAAACUGAGAUUGAAAAGCAAGCAUGUCUUGCCAGUGCCAAUCAGAACAAGAGAAAACGUUUGUGUUCUACUCACAUUGUAAGCCAACAGGAUUAUUUAAACAAAUAUGACAUUGAAAAAGAUGGUAGUAUUCAUGAACAGAGUUGGGCCCAAUUUAACAUUAAUAAAUUUUAUAAAUCUAUUCAAUUUUUUAUUAAUCAAUGCACUAUAUGUCAUGAAGCAUGGCCACUGAACUCUAAACCAAGGUCACCUGAUUGUUAUAUAUGCUCUCGAUGUGCUCGAGACACAAAAUCUCCCAGAAAGUUCUCACUUGAAAAUUCAAUGAUUCCUUCUCCAGUGCCAACUGAGUUACAAAAUUUAACUCAAGUAGAGGAGAUGUUAGUUGCUCGUGCUCUUCCUAUCAUGAGAGUUUACAUUAAGCCUGGUGGACAACGAGGUUACUCAGGUCAUUGUGUUAAUUUGCCGCAAAAUGUUAAGGAACUUGCAACAUCAUUGCCAAGAUAUCCCAAAGAUUUGUCCGUGAUUAUUGUCAAAGUCAAAGGUAAAGAUAACUCGUUUAGAGAUGUUGCUGUGAGAAGAGAAAAAGUACAUAAUGCAUUAUUAUGGCUUGUGCAAAAUAAUCCUCAUUAUGCUGAAUUAGAAAUUAAUGAAGAUGCACUAAACUCUUUACCUGAAAAUGGCAUUCCAGCAGAUCUCAUGACAGUUGAGACUGAAAAUGAAAUAAUCUCAAAUGAUGAUGCUAUGUCAGAUUUGGGGCCACCCACUGAUAACCCUUCUGAAGAUAUAGUGUAUAACAACUCGACAGACAUGAAUAGUUUCUUGCCUGUUGGUGAACAGCAGGAACAAGAAAUAGAAGCAGUUAGAAAUCAGCUUUCUGCAAAUGAACCGAUACCAUGGCCUGCUAUUGAAUGUGAGCCAUUAAAUGAAUAUCAGAUAUCACAUCUGGCCACUAUGGCUUUUCCAACAUUAUUUCCUGAUGGGAAAGGUGAUCCCACUAAUCAAAGUAUCUUGAGGAAUGUUCCCCUUCAAGAAAGAAUUAAGCAUCUUUUGAAAUUUUCUGAAUUUAUUGAUGGUAAAUGGGUAUAUCGUUUUGCUAACCACCCUAGAUUUUCAUACUGGGCAUUCAAUAUGAUUCACAGGAAACGUAUACUACAACAAAGUGGAAUAUUCAUUAAACAAAAUCCAGGUGAAGCACACCUCACUAUUGACGAGCUACGUGAAAUGGCUGCAAGUGACAACUCAGCUUUAUUGAUGUCCAAAGUGUCCAGAUACAUUGGCAAUAUUGCAGGUACUAAUGCUUACUGGAAUAAAGUAAGAGAGGAACUCAAAGCUAUAAUAACUAAUGUUGGAGCACCAACAUUGUUCUUUACUUUCUCAUCAGCAGAUAUGCACUGGCCUGAAUUACAUGCUCUCUUUGGAGCAAAGACCGGUAACGCUACCAGUCAGAUCAGACGACAAAAUGUGAUCAACAAUCCCCAU